ACUCAAAUUAUUUGUGGUCAAAACUCAAAUCAUUUGUUUUUAUUUUUUAAAGUUGUAUUUUAUUUUAGAAUGUUAUGUUGGAAAUGUAAUUUUUUGAAGAAAUUAUUUAUAGCAAUGAUGAAUUAGAAAAGUUAGAAAUAUAACAUUGUGAUCUUCAUCUUAGUUUUGCCACAAUGAGACGUUUACCAUAUCUCAAAUUGUUUUUGUUGCUGUUUCUUUCAUUGACUCUCUAUUACGUUUUUAAUUACACCGUAAAUUACCACAAGAGUAACAAAAACCUGUCUGCCAAUGUGAAAGUUAUUGAUAAGUCACCUAAAAACCUGGAUAAGGAUAUAAUUGACAGAAUAGUAAUAUCCUUUGUUGUGUGUGAAACAAGAUUUAAUGAAUCUCUGAAUGUAAUUAAAUCUGUAUUACUUUUUACCAAAACACCAGUACAUUUUGUUAUCUUCACUGAUGAAUUGUUGAGGUUACAAUUUAAUGACACACUGACAAGAUGGAAGUCAAUUGUUAAUAAUCAACUGGACUUUGAAUUACAUAAAAUUGAAUUCCCCAAAGCCCAUGAGGAGGAUUGGUUAAACUUGUUCAGUAAAUGUGCUGCACAGCGUUUGUUUAUUCCAAAAUUAAUAACCCAUAUUGAUGCAAUGAUAUACGUGGACACAGACACAUUGUUCCUCGGCCCGGCAGAUGAGUUGUGGCACACUUUCACCAAGAUGAACUCUUCACAAAUAUCUGCCAUGACUCUUGAAGAUGACAACCCAAAUAUUUCUUGGUAUCCCCGCUUUGCAAAACAUCCAUUUUAUGGAAAAUAUGGAUUAAACUCAGGUGUGAUGCUUAUGAAUUUAACUAGAAUGAGAGAUUUUGGAUGGGUAGACUAUGUCACACCUAUUAUGUUGAAAUGGAAACUUUACAUUCCUUGGGGAGAUCAGGAUAUAAUAAACAUAAUAUUCCACUACCACCCGCGCGCGGUGCACGUGCUGUCGUGCCGCUACAACUACCGCUCCGACCAGUGCAUGUACGGCGACGCGUGCGCCGACGCCUCGCGCCGCGGCGUGCUCGCGCUGCACGGCAGCCGCGGCGCCUUCCACGGACACAAGCAGCCCGCCUUCCAGGCAAUUUACAAAGCAAUUAACGAAUACGAAAUUGGAAAAGAUCCCAUGACAGUGCUCACUAAAAUGGACCAAUACCUCACAGAAGCGCCGCAGUCACUUUGUGGGAAUUUGAAAGAUGCAUUUCUCAAGGUACCUGUAGAAGUACUCACGAAAAAGUAUACAAAACCAGAUAGAUAGGAUACCAUUUAUAUAUAGAUAGAUAUGGAUUACAAAAUACAGUGUUUAUUUAGUAUGAAAUAAAAAACAGAUAACUUUAAUAGGAAGAAUGAUUGAUCAGAAGUUUUCUGUGCCUUAGUUUGGCAUAGAAAACAUUUUUACUUCUAGAAUGAUAUUUGUUUUGCCCUAUUUUUUUCCGAUUCUAAAAUGUUUUUGUCUUAGAUACCUUAUGCCAAAAUUCAUUUUGAGAAAUGUAUAUUCUGGCUGGGUAGGGAGAACAACACGACCAGUGAUUGCACCAUUAUUUUGUGCUAGAGGAAACACCUCCAACAGGUCCCAGACUUGUGACCUGGGGUGUAGGUUUAAUGGAUACACGCUAAACAAUUUAUGAUCAAUAAUUACAACACAAAACAUUAUUAAUAAUUGCAAAAAAACAUUAUUGCACAAACCAUUAACGCGCCUGGCAGCGUGACGGUGUCCACGUACGUGUGUAAUAUCAGUAUUUGGGAGUUAUGACAGUUAUCAUACACACAAAUACAGAUAUAAAUACAUGGUCGACGUCUAUGCUGUUUUCUGCUAACCUGAGUUAUUUUAUCAUUGUAAAAUAUACCCGUGUUUACGAUUAUUUAUAAGUAUUUCAUGUAAUUAAGUAUUAUUUAAAAGCACAAAAUGUUAUGUUAAAAAAAACAUUUUAUUUACAUUAUUACAGUGAAUAUCUACAACCAUACUACCAAAAAUUAGUUUUUAUACUGGAUUUAAUAUUAAUUCUGUGGUAUUAAAUAAUUUUCAAAGUCAAUCAUGGCAAGUUAAAUAAACCAGUUCACAAAAAAACUUCUGUGAUUAUAUUGUAUUUAUAUGAGUAAAGGUCCGUUUAUAUCUACAGACAUUUAGCGUGCAAGACACGGGCCGUGACAGACAAAAUAAUAUUUAUAAUACGUAUUACCAUCUAUCGUAACGCGGCCGCGCAGACGUUGACAGACACGGCGCCCGGCCAAUAUUCGCGGAAAGAAUAUUUUGUCUGCGCUUUUCAUGUCUGUAGAGUCCUUUUCAUGAACCUGAAAUAAAAUUGACAGCGCCUUACACAAAAUAUAAUAAGACCGCCAUUAACAAAUGACAAUAAACGCCAUUCAGACAUUAGCGCCGCAUCUGGGGGACUUCUUUCAUGAAAAGGACUUUAAGUGUUUCUAGCUACCUGCUGGGCAGUGUGAAUAGACGAUGUCUGUGGGUGUCUGCCACGCUACUUGUCUGUGACGCACUGUGUUUGUAGGUAUAAACGGACCUUUAAUCGGAGAUAGUAAGAACCUGUAAUGGACAGACUUUCAACAUUAUAGGAAGCUCAAGCUUAAGUCCUAAAGUUUUCAUGGGCUUUAUGAUCUUAGAUCCUACCGUUCUUACCAAAUGGAAGACGGGUUGAGAAAAUGCCGAAGACCUGGGCAUUACAAGCUCUUGCUUCUAUAUAAAAAGUAUAUAAAAGAAUUUUACAUGAUAAAUAAUAGUUAAGGUCGCUGCAUAUAUACGUGUUUCGCCUUGGACGAAACGGAAGGAUCCGUUUUGGAAAUAUCGUUUUAUACAUGUCUAUCAGAGGGAAUACGGGGAUAAAAUACAGCCUGUGACAUUUACAAAUAAUGUAGCUUUCUUUUGGUAAAAGAUUUUUUAUAAUCAGCUCAGUAGAUUCAGAUAUUACCCCUCCAAUCACAUAUCCUCUUUAUAAUGUUAGUAUAUCUUAUUUUUUAUUCUUUACAAGUUAGCCCUUGACUACAAUUUCACGUGAUGGUAAGUGUUGAUGCAAUCUAAGAUGGAAAAGGGGUAACUUGUUAGGUGUAGGAUAAAAAUCCACACCCCUUUCGGUUUCUACAUGACAUCUUACCGGAAGACUAAAUCGCUUGGUGGUACCUCUUUGCCGAUAGGGUGGUAAUUAGCCACGGCCAAAGCCUCCCACCAGCCAAUAUCUAUACAUAUUACUGGGAAAUGGCGUAACGGUGACUUCCCGUCCACUUCCUUUCUGUAUGCAGCGACCUUAAUAUUUUAUUAAAAAUGUGACAUCUCUAAGUUGUAGUUUAUAAAUUAUUUAUUUAACAUAUUCCGCUAAAAGACAAUCUAAUACUUAAAUGACAAAGUUAUUUUAUUUUAAUUAAUAGGUAAAUUGGUUUGAAUUAAAACGUUAUGAAACAAGUUACCUUAUCACCUCGAAUUUAAGAUCUGUGAAUUUAAUUCAUUUAUAUUUUUUAUUUUAAUAUAAUGUAUAUUUUUUUUUUGAAUACUGAAAAGCUUCAGGAGUCAAAUGUUUUAAGAUAUAUUUCAAUAUUUAGUAUUAAGACAUGACCAUAUUGUAACAUAAGAUGUUAGUUUAUUAAGAAAAUAAUAUAUUUUUUUAGAUAAUAUUGUCUUCAACUCACUGAUUGUGCUUACGAAUUCACAGCUUUAUACCGACUUAAAAAAAUGGAGGAGAUUCUCAAUUCUAUGCAUGUUUGUUUUUAUGUUAGUUACCUCAUAACUAGCAAUUUUGAAAAUGAUUUUUUAUUCGAAAGAGAGGCGGUGCCAAAAAACAAAAUAAACUUUAGGAGCCUAGCACCGCCUUCAAACCGAUCAAUAAAAAAAACAUAGGUACGAUGUUUUUUUUUGCUUUUUAGAACUUAGAUGCAUCUUUUAAGUCAGAUAAUUUUUUUGUUAAAAAUUUAACUGACUUAAAAAUUGAAAAAUAAAAUUAAUUUGUCAAAAAGAUUUUAUGGCUUCUCCAUCCACCACUUUUCACUCAACAAGUUUGACAGUAUGAAUAUUGCUAAUCGAUUGUUAGGCAUUUCAAAAGGGCUAACUCGAUAACAGUCACAUUUUUCAUGGAAUAAAGUUAUUCACUUUUUGUUUGAUUUUUAUUUAGGUAUUUAUUUUCUAGUAAGUUUGUUUGAUUUUAUAUUUUUUUAUAUAUCUUCAUUUGACUGCAAAAACUAUGGCUAGCAAAAAUUAUAAAAUAUAAAUAUACAUUCUUUUUUUUCGUAUAUUACAAAUUUCUUUAGUUGCUAAAUAUCUGAUUCCAUUCCAUCCAAUAACUUAUUAGAAAAAAACUCAUUUUUUUAUUGUUUUGUUAUUAUUAUAAUGAAGAUGAAAUGUGUCUGUGUGAAAGCUGCGAAUUAAUCGCACUGCUAAAUUGUAAUAAUAAAAGAUUUGCCUACGCGAUUGUUUUGAUAUAUGUACUCCAUUAAAAAAAAGAUUACUAAAAACCAAACAUUCGUUUUUAAAUUUGUUGUUUAUUAAUUAAAGCUCACAUUUUUCUUUUCUGCUUGUAAUUUGAUUUUAAAAAAAUCAAUAAUCAAUCAAUAAGUAAUUUAUUUGUCUGUAAUUUCUCAAGACGAGAGAAACAAAUUUCGAAAAAUUCUCUGUAUCGUUGCCUUGAGGCGAAAGAGAUGGGUCUGGGCAAUUUGUAUUUUUCUCUUCACUAGGUAUACUCAGAGGCACACUUAUCCAUCCCCGUUAAUAUACUCGCGUCAUAUUAAAGUGGGCGGAUAAUUGUGCCUCUGAGUAUAUGUCCUUGUCGCAUGCUAAGCCUCCUGUAGCGCUGACUUGCGACCAAGCGAAGAGAAAUAGACAAAAAAACGUUCAAUGGCGGCGGAGUAGUCUCUCAUUCUUCCCAACGCAAUGAAAGAGAGGUAACCGGUUGCACUGCCGUUGGUUGGAAGUUGCCUAUUUCUCUUCUCGAGAUUAUCUCGUUGGUUGCAUGUUAGCGCCACUGGAGUAUCGUAAACAAAGAAGUAAAUAGACAAUAGAUUGCGUGCUGUUGUAAGUCAAAAGUUAUACCUACGCUACCGACUCAAUCUUGGCGGUUUAGUUAUUUUACAUUGUAAGAAUACCGUUUGAUAUUUUAAUAAUCAGUAUUAAUUAAUGAAUACCUCUUGAAAUUAAUAUUUUACUACACUCAUUAAUUCAUUAUUUUACUCAUGUAUAAGUUAGAUAAUUUCUCCCUAAAGGGAAACAACAUACAUUUACGUAUCUAUUAUGUAAAACUGCCUCAUUUUUUUAAAUUGUGUAUUUUAUAUCUGAGAUUAUUAUUUAAAAUAAAAAAAUUGUAUAGAUAA